AUCACAAGAAGGCAGGAGUGUUAUUUUCUACUUUCAUAAGAGUCUCCUUCACCUGGUUUAGAAUUCCACGAAAAAGGAGUUGUCAACGUUAAUGUGGUCGACGGGAGGCCGACGUUGGGACGUCCUUGACAGCGGCAUAAGCAUCAGCAUAAACAAUGUCACAUUGUUUCCUAAUAUGGCAUUUGGUCUCAAUGGAAGAAAACUGUUGGUUCUAUCGCUUGAGUGGAAGCCCUACAGUGUCAAGAUAAGGAACACUGAUAAUAUCUCCUACACGGGGAUCGCCGAUGAAUUUAUGGAGCAUCUCUCGAGGCGCUUCAAUUUCAGCUACCAGUAUGUGGAGCCGCAAGAUGGCCAAUGGGGAGAGAAAAUGGAUAACGGUAGUUGGACUGGAAUUGUUGGGGCACUCCAGAGAGAGGAGGCUGACAUUUGUUCUGUCCCAUAUGCCUACAACGUCGAGAGGGCUAAAGUGAUGCAGUUCACGUACUUCAUGCAUUCCGGGUUCACAACAGUAUUGUACAAGAAAUCGGAAGAUGCAAAAAAAACCUGGAAAGUUUUAUUAGCUUGUUUCAAGUGGGAGGUUUACUUCGCAGGCGGAAUUGUUCUCUCCGCCGUCGGUUUGAUGCAUGUAUUUCUCAUCCGAGUAACUCCUUAUCCGUCAAAGGUUCCAGCAGCGGAGAAGAAGGAUUCCGUCGUGACCGGCUUCACCAUGACUAUCAUGGCACCUUUAGGACAAUCAUCAGAGCACUCCCCGAUGUUUGACUCCGGUCGGAUGCUGUUCAGCUUUUGGUGGUUGUUCUGUCUCAUCAUGGCGGCUAUCUACAGAGGUAACCUGAUGGCCUUCCUCACAGUCAGUCGAACUGACAUCCCUUUCCGUAACCUGGAGGAGCUGGCUAACCAAGACGUGUACGAUGUCGGGGCAACUACAGGCAGCUACUACAGUCUGGCCAUACAGACCUCCAACCAAACCGUGAUGAAAAAGUUAUGGAGGAAAAUAGAGAAAACACGCCUGGACAGCCCCAAGAACACAGACGACGAGUAUCAGUUUCAACUACAAAAACUGCACGAAGGCUAUUAUGCCUUCAUUGAAACAAACUCGGUUGCUGAGAACAUUAUGAGCGAUACUUGUUCGUUUGCCAAGAUGAGAGGAGGUUUCCUGCCAACUACCGGUGGUAUGACCUUCCCCGUGUAUUCCCCACUAGCACGGCUGUUCUACCCGGAAUUGAUGACUGUGUGGGAGACCGGACUUGAGCGCAAGUGGUACGGUAAGUGGGUUCCUCCCCAGGAGUCUUGUUCCGACGAGUCUGUAGCAGUGGGCGUGUCUGCCCUACAGAUCCAAGACUACUACAGUGCCCUUGCAGCAUGUGUUGUGGGCAUAGGAACUGCUUUGCUUGUUCUACUGGGAGAGACUUAUGUAUUUGAGAUCAUACCACGUUGUGCUACGAAACGCUGAAAAGAAAAAAGUCCUGGUUAAUUUCAUGGUUUUUUUACUAAUUACAGAAUAAAAUAACACUGCGAAUGGGGUCGCAAAUAAAAAAUGAAUAUAAGGUAUGACUUUGUUUGUUUAGUAUUUACAGUGCAACAACAAUCUACAAUAAUGUUGGAAUGGGUCUUCAGCAACCCAUGCUUGCAUAAAACGUGACUAUGCUUGUCGUAGGAGGCAACUAACGGGAUCGGGUGGUCGGUCAGGAUCGCUUACUUAGUUGAUGCAUG